UGUUGAAUGGACAUCAUCUUUUAUAUCGUAGAUAUCGUGUAUGUACUCGGGUAUAUUGCGCAGGAAAUAACACAUGAAUGAAAAUGUGUUUUGUUUUUGCAACGAAAUAUCGGUAAACCUUCGACAUUUAUCUAUUUUGUCCCUCCAGGCUGACCGUAGUUGUUGUGAACGAUCCUCCGGUCAAGUAUAUGCCAUAGAUAUAUGUAAGCACAAUGCCGCUUUUUAUGUUAAAACAAACCAUUUAGCUGCAGCAGACUCCACUAAUAGACUCACUAUCGUGUUUGAAGUAGGGGAAGACACGAUUUCACCUGCGGUCAUUUAACUCCUCAAUGGGUUUACUGAGUGCCAGCCAGCUUGCACUAAGAGCUGUCAGAUGCUACCUGAGUCCCUUUCCAGCAUCCAAAUCAUGGCUCUGCACCAAAGCAUCCCUGCUCGGGGAUCAGAACAUCCUGCUCAUGGGGCCCCCUGGAGCAGGAAAGACCACAGUGGGGAGGAUAGUGGCCCACAGACUGGGACUACCUGUUGUUGAUGUUGAUGACGAUGUUCUGGAGAAGACAUGGAGGAUGCCAGUGGCUGCCAAGCUGGCUGCAAUCGGUGGGGAGCGUUUCCUGGAGGAAGAAGGCCAGGCUUUGUGUAACUUCUCUGCCUCUGGUUGUGUCGUCUCCCUGUCAGGCUCUAACCCUCUUCACACUGCAUCGAUGCACCACCUCAAAGAGUCUGGACUGGUCAUCUACCUGGACGUGGACAGUGAAGACAUCAUUCAGAGACUAACAAGGAUGAAGGUGAACAGGAUCGUGGGGCAGGAGGCAGGGGUGUCCAUGAGGGACAUUCUGCGCUACAGGAAACAGUUUUAUGAGAAGUGGCUUGACCUGCGGGUGCUGUGUGGGACAGGGGACACGGUGGAGGAAGUGGCGGAGAAGGUGCUGAAGGCGGUGGAGAGAUAUCAGAACCAUGCUGCAGAAACAUACGUGUCAACCAGGAGUGACAGCGAGGCAUCAUCCAAUCAUAAAACAUACUUUAGUGAUGUGGUUGUAGAGGGUCUGGCCACAGAUGGAGGCCUCUAUGUCCCCAGAAACGGCUUCCCAAACAUUGAUGCUCGUGAAUGGCUGAGACUCAUUGAAAUGUCAUACCCAGAACGAGCUUUAGUUUUACUCGAGAAGUGCAUUCACCCGUUAGAUGUCUCCGCUUUGGAUCUCAGGACAAUGAUAUUCAAAGCAUAUGGGUCGAACUUUGCUAGUGAGUCAGUGGCACCUGUGAAACAUCUCAUCCGCAAUCAGUACGUGCAAGAGCUUUUUCACGGCCCCACAGCUUCAUUCAAAGACCUCGCCUUGCAGCUGAUGCCCCAACUCUUCGCCUACUGCCUCCCACAGAUGUGCAACUACCUCAUCCUGGUCGCCACCUCCGGGGACACAGGCAGCGCAGUGCUGAGUGGCUUCAGCAGGCUCAGUGGCGCCGACACACACAGGACCGGCGUGCUGGUGUUUUUCCCAGAGGAAGGCGUGAGUGAGAUCCAGAAGCUUCAGAUGACGAGCUUUAAGGAGGGCAACGCCAGGGCCGUGAGCGUCCGGUCAGACUUUGACUUCUGUCAGAGGAGCUUAAAGAGGAUGUUUGGAGAGAGCGGGCUGACCGGGCACCUCGCCGUGGAGUACGCCACCGUCCUCAGCACCGCCAACUCCAUCAACUGGGCGCGGCUGCUGCCACAGGUGGUUUACCAUUCCUCAGCCUAUCUGGAUCUUUGCAGAGACGGUGUUAUCAGGUUCGGGGAGCCCAUUGAUGUUUGCAUCCCUUCUGGUAACUUUGGCAACGCCAUGUCGGCCGUGUACGCCAAGCGAAUGGGCGUCCCGAUAAGAAAAGUCAUCUGUGCGUCCAACCACAACCGCAUCAUCGCCGACUUUAUCGCCACGGGCGAGUACGAUCUCCGGGGACGGCCUCUGAUGCUCUCCCACUCCCCGGCUAUAGAUAUCCUGAAAUCCUCCAACCUCGAGAGGUUUAUCUUCCACGUCUCAGGCGGAGACAGCCGUCUUGUCAAGGAGCUGUUCACACGCUUAGACCGACAGCAGUCCUUUCAGGUUGCUGAGCCUCUCCUUGGCAGGAUACAGCAGGAAGUGCUGGCUGGCUGGUGCUCUGAAGACGACUGCUUGGCCGCCAUCCAGAGCGUCCACGCACAGACGGGCUACCUCAUGGACACACACACGGCCGUGGCUAAAGUCGUGGCCGACAGGCUGCAGGACGGCUCGUGCCCCGCGGUGCUUUGUUCCACCGCUCACUACGGGAAAUUCGCUCCCGCUGUGUUCAAAGCUUUGCAAAUCCAAAAUAUUCCAGAGGAUCCAGUGGAGCAGCUGAAGAAGCUCGGCUCGACUGCAUCCAGACCCGAAACACACAGAGACAUGAUGAGAUGCCUGGAGGACAGCGGCAGGAGGGGACACGCGGUCUGUCAGGCGGAGUACGGUGUGUUGGUGGAAGAGGUGGAGAACAUGAUACACGACUCCUUCCUCAAAGUUAUGUAGCAUUAUUCUAGCGUUUGUUACUAUCCACUUCAAAUAAACAUUAAUUUAACUCAGAAUUAUUUAACCCAUUUAAGCCGGGAAAGCAUUACUGCAUUUCUACCAUUAAAACCAGGGGCACUGUUGUGUUAUUCUACCAUUAAAGCCGGGAAAGUGGAUACGUCGUUUUGUAGUAUUUGUAGUUUUUUCCACCUAUUUUCGGCCUCUUGGCCAAUGAAAUGCAUCAGAAUACAUGUGGGAGUGUCGCAAUGCAACAUGGGACUUUUACAGAACUGAAAUCAUGACGACUAUAGCAGAGGGAGCUUAGAUAUAACAGGUAUAAGCUCUCAAAUACUUUUUGAAUUUAAUUUCUAUCUGCUACAGUCUGAAAAAUCGAUUAUUUAGUAGGUGUUGACACUUCUGUUGAAUUUCCAGAAAAACUUUUUAGGCCUAAAUGGGUUUUUAAAAAACUGAUUAAAAUGAUAUAACUCUGCUAAUUAUAUAUUUUAUUGUAUUGAAAGUACAGAAGCUAUAAAAUAAAUAUAUAAUAUAUAUUUUUAAUUAUUCUAUUGUGUGUUCUUAAGACUAUUUUUUUCUUUUUGCCUUGGAAUUGCAUAAGUUAUUGAGUUUAUAUAUAUUUUAUCUACUUUUUCUGGCAUUGUGGCAGCCUUCAUUCAAUUCAUUUUUAAAGCAAAUUUU